AUGGAGGGCUCGCUGACACUAACAGAGACGGUGGUCGCGGCGUCGUUUGUCGCUACCAACGGCGCCGUGGCCUACUUGUUUACCCACGUCGCCUAUAACCCCGUGGUCCGGGUGAUUAUCGCCUCGAUAGGGGUGGCGAUCACCCUGUUACUAUUAUUUUCCGUGUUGAAUUCUGGUGUUAACGAAACGAACGGGCUUGGCGAUAUUUACGAAACGUCCUCCGCCUCCACCCCGGAAGUGAAGGCGUCGGCGUUUGUUCGCCACCACGAUCGCGAUUACCGCUCAGUUUCAGACGUCAACUCUAGCUGUACCGGGUACAGCUGUGACAGGGGUGCAGCCAUUGGCGAAAAAGGUCUCGCCGUCGCCGAGGCGGGCAAUAUCAGUAUUAUGAGAAUUACUGAGGAAGACGAGUUUAGCGACGACGACAGCGAUAUCGGCUAUACCCUAGAAGCGAUGGAGCUGGUCUCAUCGGAAGAAGCAGUGAUGGACCUGUUUCGAAAAGUGGGGUUAGCCGCACUGCAAUGGCAAGCCCACCCGAUGUAUACUGCCUACUAG